AUGAAAGGAAGUGAGGGGAAACGGGAGGAAGUGAGAGAGGAUAAGAGAGGGCAAAUGAGAGGAAGCGAGAGGGCAAAUAAGAGGAAAUGAGGGAAAUUGAAAGGAAGUGGGAGGAAGAGAGAGGAAAAGAGGGCCAAUCGAUGGCAGGACCUCCGUAUUUUGAUGGAGAAAUGGAUGGAAGGACCUCCAUCUUUUGACCCCAGACCCUCUUUGGCCUUCCAGACCAUGGACCUCUCCGGCGUGAAGGUCCUGGAGAGGAAGAGAGAACAAAUGAAAGGAAGUGAGAGGGCAAAUGAAAGGAAAUGAAGGAAAAUGAGAGGAAGUGAGAGGGCAAAUGAAAGGAAGCGAGAGGAAGUGAGAGGGCAAAUGAAAGGAAGCGAGAGGAAGUGAGAGGGCAAAUGAAAGGAAACGAGAAGAAGUGAGAGGAAAAGAGGGCAAAUGAGAGGAAGUGAGAGGGCAAAUAAGAGGAAAAGAGAGGACAAACGAAAGGAAGUGAGGGGAAACAAGAGGAAGUGAGGGGAAACGGGAGGAAACGAGAGGGCAAAGGAGAAGGCAAAUGAAAGGAAGUGAGAGGGCAAAUAGGGCAAAUGAGAGGAAGUGGAAGGGCAAAUGAAAGGAAACGAGAGGAAGUGAGAGGAAAAGAGGGCAAAUGAGAGGAAGUGGAAGGGCAAAUGAAAGGAAGUGAGGAGAAAUGAGAGGAAGUGAGAGGGCAAAUGAAAGGAAACGAGAGGAAGUGAGAGGAAAAGAGGGCAAAUGAGAGGAAGUGAGAGGGCAAAUAAGAGGAAAAGAGAGGACAAACGAAAGGAAGUGAGGGAAAACAAGAGGAAGUGAGGGGAAACGGGAGGAAACGAGAGGGCAAAGGAGAAGGCAAAUGAAAGGGCAAAUAAGAGGAAAUGAGGGAAAAUGAAAGGAAGCGAGGGGAAAUGAGAGGGAGAGGGCAAAUGAAAGGAAGUGGAAGGGCAAAUGAAAGGAAGUGAGGGGAAAUGAGAGGAAGUGAGAGGGCAAAGGAGAAGGCAAAUGAAAGGACAUGAAAGGGCAAAUAAGAGGAAAUGAGGGGAAAUGAAAGGAAGUGAGAGGGCAAAUGAAAGGAAGUGAGGGGAAAUGAGAGGGGGAGGGCAAAUGAAAGGAAGUGGAAGGGCAAAUGAAAGGAAGUGAGGGGAAAUGAGAGGAAAAGAGGGCAAAUGAGAGGAAGUGAGAGGGUAAAUGAAAGGAAGUGAGGGAAAAUGAGAGGAAGUAAGAGGGCAAAUGAAAGGAAGUGAGGGGAAACGGGAGGAAGUGAGAGGAAAAGAGAGGGCAAAUGAGAGGAAGUGAGAGGGCAAAUAAGAGGAAAUGAGGGAAAUUGAAAGGAAGUGGGAGGAAGAGAGAGGAAAAGAGGGCCAAUCGAUGGCAGGACCUCCGUAUUUUGAUGGAGAAAUGGAUGGUAGGACCUCCAGAUUUUGAUGGAGAACCUCUUUGAAAUUGAUGGUAGGACCUCCAGAUUUUGAUGGAGUAAUGGAUGGUAGGACCUCCAGAUUUUGAUGGAGAACCUCUUUGAAAUUGAUGGUAGGACCUCCAGAUUUUGAUGGAGAACCUCUCUGAAAUUGAUGGUAGGACCUCCAUAUUUUGAUGGAGAAAUGGAUGGUAGGACCUCCAUAUUUUGAUGGAGAAAUGGAUGGUAGGACCUCCAGAUUUUGAUGGAGAACCUCUUUGAAAUUGAUGGUAGGACCUCCAGAUUUUGAUGGAGAACCUCUUUGAAAUUGAUGGUAGGACCUCCGUAUUUUGAUGGAGAAAUGGAUGGUAGGACCUCCAGAUUUUGAUGGAGAACAACUUGGAACUAGAUGGUAGGACCUCCAGAUUUUGAUGGAGAAAUCCAUGGUAGGACCUCCAGAUUUUGAUGGAGAACCUCUUUGAAAUUGAUGGUAGGACCUCCAGAUUUUGAUGGAGAAAUCCAUGGUAGGACCUCCAGAUUUUGAUGGAGAACCUCUUGGAAAUUGAUGGUAGGACCUCCAGAUUUUGAUGGAGAAAUCCAUGGUAGGACCGCCAUCUUUUGACCCCUGACCCUCUUUCACUUCCAGACCAUGGAUCUCUCCGGGGUGAAGGUCCUGGAGACGGCGGAGGACAUCCAAGAGCGGCGCCAGCAGGUCUUGGACCGCUACCACCGCUUCAAGGAGUUGUCCACCCUGCGCCGCCAGAAGUUGGAGGACUCCUACCGCUUCCAGUUCUUCCAGCGCGACGCCGACGAGUUGGAGAAGUGGAUCCAGGAGAAGCUCCAGGUGGCCUCGGACGAGAGCUACAAGGAUCCCACCAACCUGCAGGUGAGGGAUCCCAGGGGUCAUCUAGGCUGACCCACCAGAAGGUUGAUGGAGGAUGGUGGGAUCUUGAGGGAGAAUUGUGGCAUCUUGAGGGAGAAUUAUGGAAUUUUGAGAGAAAAUCGUAGAAUUUUGAGAGAAAAUCGUAGAAUUUUGACCAAAAAUCGUAGAAUUUUGACCGAAAAUCGUAGAAUUUUGACCGAAAAUCGUAG